CGGAUCGCCAAGUGGGAGAACAUCGACGACCAGGCAUCAAGAUCACGAUUUAAAAUAAUAAAAUAUUUCCGGGCUUAUCCGGUUCUUGGCUUUUGGUUUGAUUCGAUUCGUGCCACGAAGAUUAUAUGACCAAUUUUUGGUCCUGAUACACCCGGACCUGCCUGUUAUAUCCACGGGUAUCAACCCUGCCAGCCUUUCAUCUGGAGUCUGGAACGACGUUUUGGGUUCUUGCUUCCGGAUCCGAAUGAAUCCAGCAUGAGUUACUAUGGCGAUUGCCAUAUACCGGAUCGCAUCAUUGGCCUAUGGGCUUACCUUGGUGGUGCCAUUGACGUGACCAGCCGGAACAGUGUCCAUUGACAUGACCAACCGCAACAGCCGUCGCGCUGCGCCCCAAACGGUGUAAAUCAGGGGAGCAUUGUUCUGGCUUCGGAUCAAAGAACAUCGUGUUGAUAGUAUGUAAUAUUUCAUUUUUUCACGGGGUUGCAUUGCAGUUUCAAGGGCAAUCAUACCUUUACCGUCGCGGAUUUGCCGUGAGGCUCAUCCAAACAGCUCCUGUCGCAAACACGGUCUCAGGCUGGGUCCAGGGUGUUUGCUUGAAAACUGUCAAAGUUCCACCCACAUAAUUCAGGAUUACUGCCAUUAUGGCCUUGAAUGAUUUGAGUUUUUGCCAAUCAUGUCUGUUUUUUGGGCAGACGUCAACUGGGUCAAGCUUUUUGGCGCCAAGGCAUCGCGAUGGCCACCGCAUCGACCACGAUGAUGACCCUCUCUUUUUAAGCCUGCAAUUCAUUUUUUAUUAUCGUACCAGCAGGCAAUUGCUUUGCGAGCAGACAAGUGAAUGCCCCAAAGGAAUUAUAUUUAAAUCAAUUUAUUAAAAUCGUCUACAAUGAGAAAUGUCAGCGUGAGAAACAGAACGAAAAUUCUGUGAGGUGUUAAAUCGGUAUGAUCGACCCCACCUACACCAACGGGCGCUUAGACGUCACCAACACCAUGCCAUCCGACCCCUUGACUGUCAUAUUCCCCUUGAUAUUUUCUUCAUUAUGAACACCUUACUAAAUCCCCAACCCCACGCAAUAAGCUUAAUCACAAUACUAGAAAAUCUUGGCGCGUGCUUCAUAAUCCUUGCAAGGAGAUGGCGUCUGCCGUUGUCAGGCUGGGACGGAAGACAACCCAUCCGUCUAGGCAUCGUCGAUUCCGAGGGCGUUCCGGGAAAAUAUCAUAUAUGAAGUCAGAGCCUGCCUCGACUUUUAGAAAUGCCACAGCAGGACCUCAAUCUUUGACAGAAGCCUACUUCCUGCACGCACACACUCCUUCCAUUUUUCAGCGCGCUGGUAGCCAUCUUAUAAUUUUACUUAAUUGGUCAUUCUCAUUCUAUUCCGGUCGCUAUAAUACUUUAGUGUCUUUGCCGCCAUCCAUCAAUAUGCUUUUCAACUCCGCCGCAGCUUUGUUGAGCCUCGCUGCUCUUGUUUCCGGUGCACCCCGUCCUGAGUCUGGACUCAGCGCGCGUAGCCCUGGACAGCACUUACACUCGCGCCACGUUCAGUCGCUUGAUGCCCGAGCUGUGGUCGUGGUUGCUGGCAACGGCAAUAACAACAACAACAACGGCAAUGGCAGGAAUAAUGAUAACAACCGGAACAACCAGAACAACCGCAACAACAACGACAUCAACAACGUCAUAAUCUCCACGACCGUCAUCCAGCUCUCGGACACCCAGCGCCAACAAGAGGUUGCCCUCAUCGUAGUCGUCCAAGACCAAGUGCGUCAGCGCAGUGGCAGGGACUUUGAGCUCCGCCAGCAGAAGGAUCGCAUCCGCCAGAACCACUACAGGAACAAGAACCGCAAUGCCAACACCGUCAUCGUCAUCGUCACCGAAGUCGUCGACAGCCGCACCGCCAACCGCCAAUCCCGCUUCAUGUCCCGCCAGAUCCGCGCCAACAACAACCAACCCAGCGACGUAACCGUCAUCGUCGCCGACUCCGCCAUCACUCUUCUCCCCGUCGGCGUCAACCAGAACCAAGCCCAAGGCGGCGCGCGCCCCACUGCCGUGCUGGAAGGCCAGGCAGCGGCAUCGGCAGCGGCGCUGGCGGCUAUCCAGACCGUUGACCCGAAUGCUCCGUUCUUGCAGACGAACCGCACGGUGAUGGCGCCGGCUGGGCAGGCGUUCCCGAGUUUUGCGGGGGUGGAGCUCGAUCCGGCGAGGAUUGUGGAGGAGGGCGCUCAAGGGGUGGCGGUUAGUGUUGUUUAGGGCCGGUGCUCUGCGAGUAUUGGUUUCUCUCGCCUUGGAAGCACGGCGCUUUCCUUACCCUGCGCUGGUUUGCAGUGCCGCGUGGUGGGGAGCUGGGUUGUGUGCGGGGGCGGAGAUUAGAGGGAAAUGAGGAGAUUGGGGGCGGCGUCGGCGUUGGAUUGGGUUGGAUGUGCAAUGUGUGCUUGGUUACCGCUUUUGGUAGAUUUAGGUCGGGGGGAGGCAAUGGCCAUGGUGGUUGAUCCAUCUGGUCUAGAUGCCGGGUGGGAUAGGAAGCUCAUCUAGAAUGUCAUCUGCAUAUCUCAC